AUGAGGGCUGCCCUCUCAUCCCGCCUUCGAGCAAGUGGUUCCGGGAGCGAUAGCAUCCAUCCACCUGAUCGGGUUCUUAGGUGUAGACAUGUGUCUAUUGUAGAGCCUCCUCCAGAAAUCAUAGGCCUUUUAAGAGAAACCGGGUUCUAUCAUGCGGCUCAAAUUCUUAAUUUUCGAAUUGAUGCCGCUUUUGUGAGCGCAUUAGUGGAGAGAUGGCAGACUGAAACACACACGUUCCACCUUACAUUAGGUGAGACAACAAUCACAUUGGAAGAUGUGGCGCUAUUACUGGGCUUACCAAUUAACGGGCAUGAAGUCAUCGGGCAGACUUCCGGCCUAGGAAGUGCUGUCUGUGCAGAGUUGCUCGGAGUGAUAGAAUGUUAUGCACAUGCCUAUAUCCUAAGGCUUAUCGAUUGUGUCCUUAUGCCGGAUAUGUCUCAGAAUACGGUUCAUCUGAAGCAGUUACCACAUCUGAGGGAUUUUACAGAAGCAGAAAGAUAUAGUUGGGGUUCAGCAUGUCUAGCAAUCCUGUACAGGUCUUUAUGCCGUACAUCCAACAAGGAUAUGAAAAAUAUCAGUGGAUCUAUGAUAUUAUUUCAAUCUUGGGCAUGGUGGGCGCACAUUGAAGUGGAUGAUGAUAGCCGUAGCAACAAGCACAAUGUGAAGGUAUUAAUAAUGCUUAAUUGCAGUGACAUCAUCAUCUUUGCUUCGAAACCUCAUGCCUACAUGCCGAUCACCAUUUGUCGUUGCUUCGCUUAA